UUGUUCCCGAUACGGGCCCCGCCCCCUUGGUCUGGGCUGCGUAUGCCCGGCGGUAACUACCCCCGCCUCGGCCCCAGAGCAAGGCGGGGGCCUGUGGGCCAUCCACAGACAUGCGUGGACAAAAGACAAGAAUUUAGGGGAAGAAAGGAGAAGCUUGGGUUUGAAAGGAGGGUGACGAUAAGUAAAGGGUAGGCUAGGGCACGACUGCAGAAUUUCCCUCGGCAUCCCACCCUCCCUUCUCAGUGGACCCAUCCGCACCCACGAAUGUGACCGUGUUAGACACUGGCCCUUUAAACAGAAGGCUGGCGGCGCGGGGUGUCCAUGUGGAGCUGCUCCAUGCCGUGUUGUCCUGCCCGCCCAUUGGCCCGCGGCCCGGUGACGUCGCCUAAUAGGAUGCGAACGCACUGCGGGGGGAGGAACGGAGACAAGACGUGGAACCGGAUCACCACUCCGCUCCCUCCGCUGGUCUCUGGCAGCCUCCCGCCGUCAGCUCCGCCCACGGGCGGAUCCCGGGGGAAUUGCGACAGCCGGGCGGUUGCAGGAAUUAGGUCACGUGUGGCAGGACACAUCUCGUUGUGAAUGACCGCAACACGCAGCCCUUGCUCAACUCGUGGCUGGCCAUCGGGGCGGGGCGAGACGAGAAAGCGGAAAUGCGGGGCGCGAGCAGGGCUGGGUGUCCUCCCGCCCCCACCCGGGCCACGUGUGCGCGCGCCGUCUGUGGUGGGCGGGGCCGUCCCGCUCGGGACCCCGCCCCUCCCUUCCUGAGACGCCGCGGCCCUGCGGGCGGGGGCUCCGGUCCGGGCUUUGGCUGCGGCCCCGGUGUAGUAGCGGGGGCGGCGGCCGGGGGCAGCGCGGCUCCUUCCCUUGUUGUGUGUGUCGGUGCCUCCUCGCCAUCUUGUUGCAAAGCCUUUUCUUGUCGGCGGGACUCCCGGGGGCCGCGGGGCGGGAGGCAUCAGAGGGGAAUAAGAGAAGGAGGGGAAGGAGGGAGGCAGUGCCGCCUUUUGUUUUUUUGCAUCAAAAUUUUUUUAAUUUGCAAAUUCUAUUUUGCAAAUAUUUUGGAAAACAUUAAUUUUUUCUCUCCGCGCUCUCCCGUUCUUCCCUGCGGAGUGCGCUGCGCCGCCCAGCCCUGUCGCCCCCCGGAGGUGAUCCCGCCCUCCUGCCUGUCCGCCAGCCUGACCUGUGCCCGGCUCGCGGGCCGCAGUCUCGGCCCCGGCGCGCCCCCGGCGGCUCUCGGCGCGAUGAGCAUAGAGACGCUCCUGGAGGCGGCCCGCUUCCUGGAAUGGCAAGCGCAGCAACAACAGAGAGCACGUGAGGAGCAGGAGCGGCUUCGCCUGGAGCGGGAGAGGGAGCAAGAGCAGAAGAAGGCCAGCAGCCUGGCCAGGCUGGCCCAUGCCCUGCCUGUGGAGGAACCCCGCAUUGAAGCACCACCCCUACCUCUGUCUCCCCCAGCACCCCCACCAGCACCCCCACCGCCACUUGCCACCCCCACCCCAUUGACUGUCAUUCCUAUUCCAGUUGUGACCAACUCUCCUCAACCUCUGCCCCCACCCCUGCCUCCUGCUGCCCAGCCUUUGCCCCUGGCGCCUCGCCAGCCAGCCCUGGUUAGCACCCCUGGACUCAGCAUUAAGGACUCUGCUCCCCUGCCCACCAGGCCACAGGUGCCCAACCCUGCCCCCCUGCUGCCAGACUCCAAGACCACCCUUCCGCCCACUGGCAGCCCCAAGCCUUUGCAGCCCCUCCCCACACCCAUCCUGACCAUAGCACCUCACCCUGGAGUCCAGACCCAGCUGGCUCCUCAGCAGCCACCGCCAUCCACUCUUGGGACCCUGAAGUUGGCACCAGCCGAAGAAGUCAAAUCCAGCGAACAGAAGAAGAGGCCCGGGGGGAUCGGAACCAGAGAAGUCCACAACAAACUGGAGAAGAACAGGAGGGCCCAUCUGAAGGAAUGCUUUGAGACCCUGAAGCGCAACAUCCCCAACGUGGACGACAAGAAGACGUCGAACCUGAGCGUGCUGCGGACGGCGCUGCGGUACAUCCAGUCUCUGAAGAGGAAGGAGAAGGAAUAUGAGCAUGAGAUGGAGCGGCUGGCACGCGAGAAGAUUGCCACACAGCAGCGGCUGGCAGAGCUCAAGCACGAGCUGAGCCAGUGGAUGGACGUGCUGGAGAUUGACCGUGUGCUCCGACAGACUGGCCAGCCGGAGGACGACCAGGCCUCCACCUCUACAGCCUCUGAGGGUGAGGACAACAUAGAUGAGGAUAUGGAGGAGGACCAGGCCGGCCUGGGCCCACCUAAACUGAGCCAUCGCCCCCACCCGGAGCUGCCAAAGCUACCGCCCAGCACCGCCCCCGCACCUCUGCCUCCCCAUCCACACCCCCAUUCCCAGCCUGUGGCUCUGUCUCCUGUCCACCUGCCUGGGCAGCAGCCACCACCACAGCAGAAGACACCUCUGCCAGCCCCUCCUCCCCCACCGGCCCCCGCCCAGACGCUGGUGCCUGCUCCAGCCCAUCUGGUGGCUGCAGCUGGAGGAGGCUCCACGGUCAUCGCCCACACGGCCACCACCCAUGCCUCAGUCAUCCAGACUGUGAACCACGUUCUACAGGGGCCGGGCGGCAAGCACAUCGCCCACAUUGCCCCCUCAGCCCCCAGUCCUGCUGUGCAGCUGGCACCUGCCACACCUCCCAUUGGCCACAUCACAGUGCACCCUGCCACCCUCAACCAUGUGGCCCACCUUGGCUCCCAGCUGCCUCUGUAUCCACAGCCCGUGGCGGUGAGCCAGCCUGUGGCAGUGAGCCACAUCGCCCACACCCUCUCACACCAGCAAGUGAAUGGCACAGCUGGGCUGGGGCCCCCAGCGACUGUCAUGGCAAAGCCAGCUGUGGGGGCUCAGGUGGUGCACCACCCCCAGCUGGUGGGCCAGACAGUGCUCAACCCUGUGACCAUGGUCACCAUGCCCUCCUUCCCGGUCAGCACACUCAAGCUGGCUUGAGGAUGAGGCCACUCAGAGGCCCCCAGUGGGGGCAGGGAGGGGGACCCACCCCCCACUCUCCCACCCACCAGCUCCACACAUUCCAGCCAGGCCAAGGCCCGCCCCACCCACACCCACCCCCAGGCCUCCUAGGGGAAGGGGGUGCAGAGACUCUGAGCCAGGUGAGGGAGGGCCACCCCAGGGAGCUGGGCGCGGGGCAGGGUGUGACCCCACUGCACUAGGACUUAAGUGAUGAGAUGCUUUGGUGAAUGUGCCCCUCGUCUGGCCUGGUGCCAGCUCCAGUGAUGUUCCCACCUCCCCACCUUGUCCCCUGCCUCCCCUGCGUGUGGGUGUUGUGUUCUCCCCACUUCCCUACCCCGCCUGCCUUCCUGUGCUGCUGCUGCUAUAUUGCUCUAGCUGAUGAGGCGGCUGAGUGCCCGGGCCCUCUAUCCUGAGCCGUGGCCUUCUCUGCCCAGGCCUUGGGGGGCGGGGGGAGGGCGGUUAGGGGGCAGAACCGAAGCAACUUGGCCCAGAAAGCUGGGUGCUCAGGAGGCUCUGCUCUAAAGGUGACAGAUCCUAGGAAGUGGCCACUCUGCUGGGAGGGGUGGGCUUGGCUGUCCUGCCCCCAUGCUGCCCUUCCCCACCCCUGGCCUGGGUCUGGACCUGUCUCCAUCCCUGGACCUGGCUCUUGGUUUCCCAAAGGCAAAGGGGAGGGGUGCUGUCCAUUCUCUGCCCCAGGUCUCUGGCCUCUGCUCAGUGCUGUGCACUCCCCUGUAAGCUCAGAGAAGUGAACUGGCAUCUGGUCUGGGUCCUGGGAGCCUGAAGCCACACUGCUGAGGCCAUCAGGAAGUUAAAAUCUAGGGGCUGGGGCAAAUCCCCAAGCCCUUUUCCUGAUGCCCUGGCAACCUGCAGGGCAGGGAGGGCUGCUACUUCUGCCCCAACUCCUCUGUCCUUGGUGUCAUCUCUGUCUUUCCCCCUGAACACCUGCUUCUGCAGUGAGCUAUUCUGAGUGGGCCACCACCUCCCUUUGAGGAAGGCCCUUGGUUGGACUUAGGGCCGCACUGAGCUUGGGCUGGGGAGGAGUGAGGGGGCCUGUGUGCAGGGCAUGCCGGUUUCCCCACCUCUGCCUCUGCUGACUGCUUUGGCUUCUCUUUUAUGUGGGUAUUUAUUACAAGUGGCCUUGUGUCUGACACAUGCUCAGUUGUACACACAUGCACACUCAGCUCGCCACCUGGACACACACAGUCACCUUUGUGGGGAGAGAAAGCCAGUGUCUCUAGUUGUGAAGUUUGCUUUGACAGGCUGGGGGCAGGGGACAGGACACUUAACUCCCUUUCAGUUCCUUCCUAGUCCUAGAAACCUCCCAGGGGACUGUUCUCGUUGGUCUUGCCUGGGGUGGGGAAAGGAAGGCCUAUGGUCACCCCAGAGGCCUCCAAGAGGGAGCCUCACACCCACCUCAGCAUAGCACUUCCACCCCACAAGCCUGCUGCCCUCCUGCCCCUGCGGCCACCACCUGCCACCCUGGUUCUUGGGGAAACCAGUUUACAGUCUUCCCUGAGUGAUUGGAGCUGCAAGAGCAGAGGGAGCCAGCUGGGCCUGGUGCCCAGGAACAGAGAAGCAUCAGGGGACCUGCCCUUCCUUUCAGGCUCUGCUCACCUCCCUGCAUUCUGAGGCCAUUUCAGAGUUGAAAGUGUGUCAACUAGUGGCCUCUCGGGCCUGCACAGAUACCUCAUCCGCCCGCUCACUGCCCCUGCCCUUCCCCACCCCUAGCAGUGGGGGCCUUCGAAUCUAGUGCCGAAUGACUAUGUCCAGAUUGGUGACGAUGGGUGUUGUUGCUGUUGUUUUUGUUGUUGUUUGUGAACGCUGUGAUGCUGUGUGCCCUAGAGGGCAACCACCGCUCAGCCCUUCCUUGGGCAUCUCCCUUCUGAGAGCUGUCAGGACCACAUCUGUCCUCACCCUGUGGGACCGCCUGCCCCUCCCCUCCCUAGCCCUUCCAGCCUGGGGGCUGCGCGCGUGUGUGCAUACGUGCACGCGCACACACAAACACACACACACACCUUACCUCUCAUGCGUGUUUUACUUUUUGACGUUAGGAGUGGCUCACUGGCUGGGAGCCUUUACCUCGGGGAGAGGGGGAGGUUGGUUCCUUGGGGGGCCAAAGAAGGGCAGGGAGUGCCUGGAGGGGAAUUAAGGGUUACUAAAGCCCUGGCUCUCCAGGAACAGCUUCUCCCCCAUCCCAGGGUCCCAUCCCCAUCCCCCAAAGAGGUGGCCCUUGUUUACAGUGAGGACUCUGGUCACUGUGUCUCCGUUUCCUGAAAUAUAAACUGUAGCGACCCCA